AUGCCAACCGUUUUCUUGAGAAGGCGUUCACUGCGAAUGAGCUCUGCCGUCGCUGCGGUCCCCAUUCCCUUUCUCGUCCGCAACAGAACGCGUCCACUGCGGCGUCGCGACGCCCUCGCAGUCAUCAUCCCUGGAGACAGCGUUUUGGAGAGCACGACCAUCGGCGGGACGGUUACUUUCUUCAACAUAUAUCAAAACGUCAUCGUUGCGAGAAUUCUUUUGUCAUGGUUCCCAGGCGUCCAGUCUAACCCUAUUGUACGGCCGUUGAUCACCGUGUGCGACCCGUAUCUCAACCUUUUCCGCCAGACCGUCCCCCCAAUCUUCGGGCUUGAUCUCUCCCCUAUUCUAGCACUGCUUUUGCUGCAAGCAUUUGGAUCGGUAAGUCACGCGGUCUACUUGCUUCUUUCAUGGGGUCUUUUCGCUUUUGACGACGAAGAGCAACUAACCGAACGAACCGACUUCAAAAAUGACUGCAUGGAUACAGGCUACGACUGCCCUUGGUGCAGAAGCCGACAACCCGAAUCCGGCGUACCUCAACAGGAGGAAGCGCUUCACAAUGCCAAAGUGGCUGCAACGUAA